ACACACUCAUCGAGGUCCUCCCUAUCGUCGUGUGAGUCAACGAGGCUCACUUACACUGCAGGAAAGUAGGAAACGUUGGACCUCUGCUUGUUGGACGAGGAGGAGGAAGAGGAGGAGGUGUCUUGUCUGCCCCCCUCCUCUCUCACCCCCACCCGCUCGCUCUCUCUCUCUCUCUCCCCGUGUGUGUCUCUCUCCAUCAGCGCGGCCACCAAAGCCAAGAGUUGCCGUUGCGCGCACCGAUGCCAAAACACGCAGGAGGAGUCAGUGCCAAAGGGUCAUUUUAGCGCACCACAGCUGAAAUGGAAGGACUGUAGGGGAUCUUAGAGUAAACAGCGACCAUUUGGCCUCCGAUGAGACAUUAACAUUAAGAAAACGAAAGGGGACUGAAGCCAAAUAGGAGCGCAUCACCGGCGGAGCGCUGCGUUCACUAAAGGUGUUGCGCUGCAGGACAUCACUGGACACUUUCGCUCAUCAAAGUUGCGAGGAGCAAACGGAGUAAAAGGAGAGCCAGAGAAGACCGACACCACGGUACAAGCCGACCUCAAGUGCCGUUCACCGGGCGAUGCCAGAGUAGAUGCCGGGGCAAUGUCCCGCCGCAAGCAGGUGAACCCGCAGCACUUAUCGUUGACGCACCGGGAGAGUGUUCACGCAGAAGCCAAUCAUGAGUCAGGGGUGGGAUCUCCAUCGCCGGAACCGUCCAACCUCAGUCCCAGGAGGGGGAUUCCUGGAGAGCAUGACCUGCUGACCUGUGGCCAGUGCCAGGCCAACUUCCCGCUUGGCGAUAUUUUAGUUUUCAUCGAGCACAAGAGACGCAUGUGUCAUGGGCCCGCGAGUGGACUGGGCUCCUUCUCCAAACCAGGGGAGAACGGCGGCCCCACCUGCAUUCCCAUAUCCCCCAGGGUGAGGGCCCUGGAGCUGGAGAGGGGGCCCAUUCCGGUGGAGGUGGGCAUCCAGGUGACCCCUGGAGGAGAAGAGGACAUGGAGAGGAGGCUAACACCAGCCAAGGGAAUCUGCCCAAAGCAAGAAAGAGGAGAUAAAGAUGAGCCAUCCAGCUACAUCUGUACCAGCUGUAAGCAGACCUUUACCAGCGCCUGGUUCCUGCUUCAGCAUGCCCAGCACAUUCAUGGCAUCCGCAUCUACCUGGACAACCACCUGGCAAACUGCUCCCUCACUCCCCGUAUGGCUCUUCCACCACCACCAGGUGCUGAUGCCCUGCCAAGAUCCCCUCUCCCAACCUUCCUCGGUGACGCCAACAACCCGUAUCACCUUCUCCGCAUGGCUGCACCACUGCUCAGGGAACACCCUCCUCCCCCUGGAUUCAUGGAAACCCGACUGCCUGCAACUCCACCAUUUGUCAGUCCUCCACCUCCUCCUAGGCCUCCUCUAGAGCGGCUGGGCCCAGAGGAGAUGGGGCUGCUGUCCCAGCACCCUAGUGCCUUUGAGAGGGUGAUGAGGAUGGCCCCCAUGGAGCCCCCGUCAAUGGAUUUUUCCCGACGUCUGAGGGAAUUAGCAGGCAACACGACCAACAAUGGGGGACCCACACCCCCCCUUUCUCCUAACCGCGUGCCACCCAUGCACCGCCUGCUCAGUCCAACACUCUUCCAGCCUGGCUCCAAGCCCCCAUCUUUUCUCACGUACGCCCCACAGCCACCCACUCCACAGGGAGCGCAUGGUUCGACAAGCCCUCCUGAUGGUCAGGGUCAGAACCAGGCCUUGGGGAAAGCCAAAUCCUGUGAGUUCUGUGGAAAGAUAUUCAAGUUCCAGAGCAACUUAAUUGUCCAUCGGCGCAGUCAUACUGGAGAGAGGCCAUACAAAUGCCAUUUAUGUGAUCACGCCUGCUCACAGGCCAGCAAGCUCAAGAGGCACAUGAAAACACAUAUGCACAACAAGUCCGGGUCCAUAGGCGGCUCUCCAGACCAGGGUAACCGAGGCGAAGGGGCAGACAGCGAAGAAAAGAGCAGGGAAGGAGAAUCACGAGGGAUUGGAGCAGAGAACGAGGAAGAGGAAGAAGAGGAGGAGGAGGAAGAGGAUGAGGAAGAGGAGGAGGAGGAAGAGCUGAGGAACGGAAGUCGGCCGGACUCAAACUUAAGCGAUGACUCCCAGGAGUUUAAUAGGAAUAGAGAAAACGGUGCUCAGCAGUCGCCUGAGGAGAAGCAUCACAGUGGGGAUCGGAUUAAUGACAGUGGGGGGGUGGGCAUCAUGCACCCAUACAACCACCUGGACAAUCAUCUUAGAAUCAACCCCAACAAAAGAGCCCUGGAGAGACAACCUAAUGGAGAUGGGGGCGACAGGGGUGGCACCGACAUGGAAAGGCAAACAGAUCGAGAGCAGAACAGAGAGAGGGAAGAGAGGGAGGACCAGAGGCCUAUGAUGAACGGCAGGAUCUCUGUGUCUGAAGCGGAAUCCUUUCCUGGCCUGUUCCAGAGGCGGCCUACCCCUAUUACAAUUUCAAGCCCCUCCAACAACAAGAGGAUCAAGAUAGAGAAGGAGCAGCUGGACCUUCCAACAACCAUACCUCUAAUCUCCCCAGAAAAUGUCUACUCUCAGCUCCUGGCUGGCUAUGCUGCUUCUCGCCACUUCAUUAGGGAACCCUUCUUAGGAUUCACAGAUUCUCGCCAGUCUCCCUUCGCCACCUCCUCCGAGCACUCCUCCUCAGAGACAGGCAGCCUCAGAUUCUCCACUCCACCUGGCGAGCUGUUAGAGGCAGGAAGCGCUUCGGGGCGUAGUGGUAGUAGCACCCCUCAUCUCCUGCGAGGGCCCGGCCCUGGAAGGCCUCCAAGCUCUAAGGACAGAAGAAAUGACACAUGUGAGUACUGCGGCAAGGUUUUCAAGAACUGCAGCAACUUGACGGUGCAUCGGCGCAGCCAUACGGGGGAGAGGCCCUACAAGUGUGACUUGUGCAGUUACGCCUGUGCCCAGAGCUCCAAGCUCACACGCCACAUGAAGACCCAUGGGCAAUUUGGAAAGGAGGUGUACCGCUGCGACAUCUGUCACAUGCCCUUCAGUGUUUACAGCACCCUGGAAAAACACAUGAAGAAGUGGCACGGUGAACACUUGAUGGCCAGCGAGGUCAAACUGGAGCAAGCGGACAGGGGUUGAACCAGCAGCGAAGACGUACCGCCUGUAUACACACUCCCAAGACACGGACUCCCAUAUGACUACUUCUUCAGCUAUGAUGCAUGGCUGGAUAAGCUCUCUCCUAAAAAUCAAAACUGAUUGACAUUAAACGGUUUUUUUCUCGUCAAAAAAACAGACACCUGGGAAAAUAAAAUAAAAGGGAAACUAUCAUGAAACGCCUGAUAUGGUGUUUCUCAGAAACAAACUCUCCAAUUUGAUCAGUUAGGAAUCCAUGGAGCCUUUCUACUGUGCAAUAAUUUCUGUAUUUAUUGGAUUUUUGUAACAAUAUUUGGCAUGUGCUGAUACAUCUUUGUGGGAUUUCAUAUGGAGUUUAAAAUGUACUAAAAUGUUUUCCUUUUUUUUAAUGCGAUAACUGGAAGUCACCCUUAAAAUAUUCUUUUUUUUUUUCCUUAAAGGAAGCUUAAUAUCCGUGAGUAAAAUUUGUGUGAAAAAAAAAAAAAGUUAGCUUUUAAAAGUGAUAAUUGUUUUCUAUAUUAAAAUGCAGCAGCGGACUACAAUCCAUUCACUCAUAUAGGCCUAAAGCACUGAAUGUCAACUUGACAAUAAAACAUCGUGCUGGAUUUUAAAUCCAACACUAUCUGAUAGACCUGAUGGGUAAUUCUUAAUUUAUUUUUCUGUCCUGUUAAACAUAGGAUUUGGGAUUAUUUCAAGAUACAGUAACUGUAUUGUUGUCCUCGUUUCAGCCAGGACAUAAAUAAAGGUUGCACUUAAUGGACAUACCAUUAGCUAAAGCUCAGUACAUUCCCAAUGUAGGAUUAAAACACCAUAUUUAAUAUGUUGAAUAAGUUAAGACUACUUGUGAUUAAUGUGAGAAAGACAAAAGUGCUUUUCUAUGAUUUUGUAAAUAUAUUCUUUUUUUUUUUCUUUAAAAAAUAUACGUUACAGUAGCCCCGUCCAUACGUGAAAUCACGAACUCAAGGACAGUUUGUCAAACAAGAGACGCUUCAUGAGAAUCAAUGUCAUAACUAGCCCUGACCCAAGCUGACUUCCUGUGUCCCCUUCCGAUUUGUAAAAUGGUUUCAAAUGAAAUUCAUGACAAUAUGUGUUAGAGCGUGUUUCCCCUCCCUCUGCAGUCCCUCUAAGCUCCGCUCCGACGCCGUCUUUUCACAGUUCACUAACUCAGAUUCAUGCAUUAGAGCGGCUUUUAAAAUAAAGCUUGUUCAUUCGCCUCACAAAGUGAUACGGAUUUAAGUUCCAGUUACAGAUUCCGAAACAGUGUGCAUGUUCGUGACUUUUGGGGAUUACGACUUUUAUUUUCUGCAUCGCUCAUCCUGAAAUGAAUCUGCUCGAGAAAGAGCGAUAUGAGUUAUGAUAAUUUUGAGCACAGCUGCACAAGGGUAUGCCUGGACGACCUUGUGUAAGGGCUAUUCUCAUGGCGCAAAAAAAAAAGAAAGAAAGAUUGAAAUGGAGAAAUAAAGAAAUGUGAGAAAGAAAUGGAAGGAGGGAGAGCAAGACCUUGACCAGAGAGAAGAGUCAUUCAAAUGAAAUUGGAAGCAUAUGAGGUGUGUGUGUGUGUGUGUUUUUUCGACCCAAAUGCACAUCGAGUAGCCACAUCCUAUAACGGACCAUCAGAGUGAGACAGUCUUGAGAGGGGAAGGAGACAGCAAAACCACAUGAAAAGAGAUUGAGAGUACAUCUUUCAUUUUCAAACCGCAAAUCAUCUUCACGUGAAAGUUUGACCUGCUGCUAUUUGGCCGUUCCGAGCACUUGGUCUGCGUCGCUUUUUUUUUUUUUUUUUUUUUCAAAGUGGGAUCCACUGGCUCUGUUCACAUUGAGAUGGAGGACGGAGUCAUUCGCAAAGAUGUUUUUUAAUGAUGUAAAGCUGGUUCUGAUGUGAGUUUGUGAAUCAGGUUUGGUGUAUUUAUUGCCACUGGGAAGAAUCGGUGACCAAAUUCUGAGGACUAACCCUAUCAAAUGCGCCAUCUAUAUGUCCUCCUCAUCAUAUCAUAGAGUUAUUCAUAAACAAUUAAAAAGCCAUCUGAAAUGUGAACUCAGCCGCGAACACAUUACCUCCAACCCUCGCCAGUUCAGGUCAAACCUUGUUGUAGCAAAGCUCUUUCAAUUCCACUUCCUCUCAUCCGUUCGCGGAUCCACAUAGCAUUGAAAUAAGUGAUAUGACUUCCUGAUCGAGGCAGAAAUGAGCCAUUCAACUUUGAAAUGUGUGACAUUCAAUUGUUCAAGGAGCAAAAUCACUUAGAUUUCAGUCUCACAAUAUGUUUACAGUGUUGAAGUCUGCCAUACAAUUUGCUAUUUGUGAGUGUUGGAAUGAUGUUAAAAGUAUUGUUUUCGCCAAUGUUUUUUAAAAUGCCAUGCAGGUGGAGGGAUUUUAUCUUCAUGUUUCUGUAUUAUUGUACACCUCUUGUUUUCAAUUGUAAACUUACAGAAACACGGCAGGUUAUUAUUUUUCUAACAGACGUGGUGCCAUUAUUGAGAAUUGAGUCUUCUCUUUCAUUCAUUUGUGUUUAAAAAGAAGUGUCCUGUUGUCAUUUUGGUUGCGCUUACGUGGAUGUAAAAUCUUUUAUUAAAAGGAGACUGAGCUCAUCCUUUAAGACGACGUUUUAAGGGUGUGGGAAUGCUUUGUCCAAAUCGAUCCUGAGAUGUUCGAGGAGUCUUUUGUUUUGUUGCCGUUAUUUUUGUUUUUCUUCCUCAUGGUUGGUUGAAGUUCUUGUGAUGGCUCUUACAACUGUCAUUUUUUUAACAAAAAAAAAAAAUCUCUUAUUUCACUAUUCACAACUUUCACUUAUGCUCUUUGUACAAAAAUAGUUUCCUUGUUCUUUUUUUAAGGGGGGAGGGGUGCAUCGUUGUGAAAAAAGUGAUUUCAGAACAGUACACGUCUGCUGUUUUGAACAUAUAUGUAUUUUUGUAAUGUGUUGAAAAAUCAAUACAAGAAAGCCAACACUUCAAUAAAUGUUGCAACUGCUCUA